GCUUAGCAAAUCGAUUUUUUGUUUGGCAGGAGUGUUGCGAGUGUAUAUAAAUCGCCAUGUAUGCGGAUUGCUUUUUGGUCAAGGUAGCAGUCGGUGGCUACUAUACCACAUAGACAAAAAAGCCAAAAUUUGUCUUUUUUAUCAUUUUCUACAAAAACAAAAAACCCACAGUCGCAGUCAUGAACGCCGAAGAAAUCAAGCAAAGAUACGAGGCCGAGCGCGUCAAGCGUCUCCGGCCCGACAUGCAAAAGCAAUACAUGACAUCGACAUCAAAAGACUACCCCGGCGAGCUCUCUGCCGAUCCCUGGGUGGACUACGACGCGCUGGCGGCGCAGGAGCCUCCGGUGGCCGACGGGGGUGAGGUCAAGGUCUUGAUCACCGGAGGGGGUGCCUUUGGGCUGACGUGUGGCUACUACCUCACGCAGGCGGGCGUUUCCGUCUACGACAUGUGCGUGGCCGAGAUCGGAGGGGGCUUCGGCGGGACGUGGUACUGGAACCGCUACCCGGGGCUCAUGUGCGACGUCGAAGGGUACUGCUACAUGGCGCUGCUGGAGGAGUUUGGAUACGUGCCCAAGCACCGGUACUCGUACGGCCAGGAGAUCCGCGGCCAGCUGGAGCGCAUCGCCAAGCGCACCGGGCUCGACGAGAGGGCCCUGUUCGCCACGCGCGUGGUCAGCCAGGUCUGGGACGACCAGAGCGGCAAGUGGACCGUCGAGCUGCUCCGCGACCUCGGCCCGCACGGCCAGCGCCGCAUGACGGUCAAGGCGCGAUACGUCAUAUGCGCCAACGGCACCUUCCCCGUCGCCAAGAUACCCAGCCUGCCUGGCCUGGCGGACCUCAGGGCCGGAGGCGUCAAGGUCAUCCACACGUCGCGUUGGGACUGGAAGUACACGGGCGGCACGCAGGAGGUCCCGGACAUGGUCAACCUCAAAGACAAAAAGGUCGCCGUGGUCGGCACCGGCGCCACGGCCAUCCAGGUCGUGCCCGAGGUGGCAAAGUGGGCCAAGCACCUCUACGUGGUCCAGCGCACGCCCUCGUACUGCGGGCCGAGGAACCAGGGCAAGACGGACCCGGAGGAGUGGCGCAAGGUCGCCUACAAGAAGGGCUGGCAGAGGGAGCGCCAGGCCAACCUGAACCAGAUGAUGGCGGGCGAGGUGCCGCGUCUGGGCAGGGACCUGGUCAACGACGGCUGGACGCACACGCCGGGCGGCUCCGGCUUCCUGGGCAGUUCCCGAAAGGGCGUCGUGUCUCCCACGCCCGACCAGAUCAAGGAGCACAUUGACGAGAUGGUCAAGCUGGACAUGGAGCGAACGGCGUUUGUGCGCAGCCACAUAAAAAAAGUGGUCAAAAGUCCAGAGCUUGCCGACAAGCUGUCGCCGUGGUACCCUUCGUGGUGCAAGCGUCCGACCUUCCACGACGACUACCUCAUGAGCUUCAACCGGGACAACGUCACGCUGGUCGACACGGACGGCAAGGGCAUCACCGAGUACACCAGCCAGGGCAUCGUGGCAAACGGGCAAAAGAUGGACGUGGACGUCCUGAUCCUCGCGACCGGCUUCCUGCUGUCGCCGGCGGCCGAAAAGAUGAGCGAGAGCCUGGGCAGCACCAUCACGGGCGCGGGCGGCCGCGACUUUGACGAGGGGUGGAACGCCCGCGACUUCCAGGCCCCCUACAUGGGCGUGGGCAUGCACGACUUCCCCAACCUGUUUGGCUACUUUUACGCCGGCUACGGCGUCUCGUACAACUUUACCAGCGGCCAGGGCUACCUGGGCCGCAUCAUCGCGCACGUCGUGUCGAGCGCCGAGGCGCGGGCCGGCGACGGCGACGACGACGCGCGCCGGGUCGUGGUGCGGGCCACGCGCCUCGCGCAGCAAAAGUACAGCGCCGAGCUGCGCAGGGGCGCCGCCUGGUUCAGCGUCAUGAAGAUCUGCACCCCGACCUACUUCACCGGCGAGGGCUCGCUGCUGAUCGAGCCCGAGACGGAGGAGGAGGCCAUCGCCAAGGCGAACCACGGGGUUUGGGGCACCGGGCUGACCGACUGGGGCGACUACGUUGAUAGGUGGAUGGCGGGAGGGAUUGAGGGGUUCGAGGUCGAGGUUGUGUGAUGCGUGGAUUAAGUCACGUCGAGGAUAGAGACAGAAGAAAUGUUUUGGCUUUGGACUGUCGAUUAAAACAGC